UAGCAUGACGCCAUUGUGUCAAAGGUCAGCAAUAGCGUGAUCAGGGACUGCUCACAUCACACCAGAUUUAAUUUUGCUCAUUUUGUUCGCCAAAUUUCGUGUUCUUUCCGCUCCAGCGAGUUGAUCCAGGCUGCAAAAUGUCUGAGGCAGAUUUUGAGAAAGCAGCGGAAGAGGUGAAGAACCUGAAGUCUUCUCCUACAGACGAAGAGAAGCUGGAGAUUUACUCACUUUUCAAACAGGCCAAGAUUGGCGAUGUCAACACAGCUCGCCCUGGUAUGUUAGACUUCACAGGGAAGGCCAAGUGGGAUGCCUGGGAGUCAAAGAAAGGCAUGUCUCAAGAGGACGCCCGCGCAAAAUACAUCGCUAAAGUGGAAGAACUGAAGGGGAAAUAUGGAGUUUAACUUUUGAGCAGCUACAAUUUAGCUUCUAGAGACAGCUAUAACAGCGAUGCUCAUUCCAUAGUAAUAAAAAAACUAGUGAAAAACUUGAUAAAACCUUCUUGAUGAAAUGCAGUGAUGUAAUGGUAGAAUCUAGUCUUAACUGUUUCACAUUUUGUGGUGUGUGGUUUUGCAUGAUACACCUGUGCAACAUUCAAAGUGACCAAUCACAGAGUUUGUUCUGUUCCUUUGGACCAAUCAGAUUCAAAGAGAACAGGUCAUGUGACCUUUGCAUCCAUCCAUGUUGGUUUAAAAGUGUCACACUAACUUUUCAUACCUUGAUUAGCCUUGACAAUUAUGAUUUUAGCUUUAUUUGGAGAUUGAUGUAUUGAAUUCAUACAGUAAGUAACAAUUAUUGUUGAGAAAAUUGUUUAACAAAAAGUAUAACAGUUGUAUUCUAUGCUUAAGGCACUUGAUUAAUAUUGAUGUUAUUAUUGAUGUUAUUACAAAGAGAGUAAGAUUGAAAACAUCGACAUCCGAUGGAUGAACAUCAGGAUUGAAAACAAUGCACAUAUAAUAAGACUAUUACACACUUAGCUUGCAGUCAUUUGUUCUCUACAGUUUGGUAACUUUAGUAGUAGAACCAACAGUUUACGUUUCUUAUAACUACAUUGUGGAAAUUGUGCAACAGCAAAGACAGAAUAAAGAAUUGUCAAAACAAAAGACAGCUGCAAAAGAUUAGACAAAUGAUAGUUUAAAACUGUAAGGGAUUCUCGGCAAUUUUGAAUGCUCUAUUACAUUGCUAACUACUCAACAAGUUAAUGUCAAAUGGUAUAUGGUAAAGAUUGUCGUUGUAACCUUAGCUCACCACUUGAGAUUAUCAAUGUCUAAUGUUCUGUCUUCCAAUACAUUAAAGCAGCAUCAAAAGUACAA